UAUCUUUAGUAUUUAAAAAUAAUGAGAUAUCAACUUAAUAUCCUGCUAAACAAAAUCAAGCUCAAGACCAGCUGAUUAUUCAGAAAAAAAACAUUACCUAUGCUGGUAGGUCAGUGUAAUGUUUAUCAGUUUAAUCUUUUGAAAGUUUGAGAGUAGAUUUUAAAAUAGAAAAUUGAGUGAAAAGCAUUUUUUCUAUUUAAUAUUGUGAAAAAUAACUUUAAAAAUUUAAAAUAAUUUAAUUUUCUGAUUUUUCCAUUCCAUUUGUAAUUGUAUACUGCAAAAAUGGAACAUUUAGAAAAUAUUACAUGUUUCCUAAAAAUCUCUUUGUGAGGUGCAGAUUUUCUAAUAAAAAAUGAGAAGAAUAUAGAUGAGAAAAAUAUAUAUAUCUUACAUAUUCUUGGCACAAGAAUAAUUCUACUCUAAUGCCUAUUCUUCUCUCAGCCAUCUAAUGUGCAUCUAAAUUUAAAAGUAGGAGUUUAAUAAGUUUACUUCUUAUUGUUAUUGUUAAUCUCAAAAUUAAUGUAAUGAUUAUUAGCUGAUUAUCGAUCUAACAGGUAGUGUGUUAUAUUUGUAUAUGUUUAAGAUGUGUAGUAUCCCAAGACAAAUUAGAUUAUUAUUAUUUUUAUUUAUUUGGUUUAUUGCUCUAUACUCUAAGCUAGUUUACCUACAUUAGCAUGUGUGCUCUCAGGUCAUUUAAAUUAGAUUUACUAGCAAAAUUACUUCAGUACCAAACACUUUUCUCCACCAUACAGUCGCUUUUUAUGCAGGAUCUUUAAAGUAAAAAAAUUGCUGGCAGUUACUUUAGUUUCUUAACUGGAAAUAUUAGUUGUAUUCAAAUCAUGUUCUAGUUAGGGAUUUAGUUUUUUUGUUUGUUUCUUUUUCAUUUAGGAAUUCUUUAAGCUUUCAGAGUAUUUUUUAUUUUAUAUACUCACAGAUUAAAGAAAUUUAUUUUUGUCAUGUUUGUUUACGUUCUCUAAACUUUAACUUUACAAACACUUGAAUACCUGUGAGGAUUGUCUGAACAAUAGCCUUAACCACAUGAACAAUUCAAACACCCUCCCACACACACACACACACACAAACACACACACACAUCCCCAAAACUCACACAUCACUCCCCUGCACAGGUUGUGUUGGAGCAUUGUGUGGUUUGGCGUGACAGGAUGGUAUUAUUCUAGGCUUUGUGCAGCAGUGUAUUGUUCCUGCACUGCCUCUAUUGUUGAAGGAGCAGUGAUGCUGCGGGCCUUUAUGCUGACUCCAGCCUGGGGCAAUGACACGGCCUGAUGUGACAGAUGACUGAGCCACAGGCAGAGGGAGAGAUACAGGGGAGCAUCAGUAGCUUGGGCACCCAGCAAGUAGCCAACUGGAGAUGGACUGAGGAGUUUGAGAUCCUAAUACCCACACACGAGCUGCUCAGUGAAGGAAGCCCGAGGCCGAGUUCAGCCAUGCAGGAGUCUCCUGGCUCUAUAAGUGUAGACGGAGGAUACGCCAGCAAUGUGCCUGCUUUCCUCACCAAGCUGUGGACUCUGGUGGAGGACCCGGAGACCAAUCAUCUCAUCUGCUGGAGCACUACUGGAACCAGUUUCCAUGUGUUUGACCAAGGCAGGUUUGCCAAGGAGGUUCUCCCCAAAUACUUCAAGCACAACAACAUGGCCAGCUUUGUGCGCCAGCUCAACAUGUAUGGCUUCAGGAAAGUGGUGAACAUUGAACAGAGUGGGCUGGUGAAGCCAGAGAGGGAUGACACAGAGUUCCAGCACCUCUACUUCCUCCAAGGCCACGAGCAUCUGUUGGAACACAUUAAACGCAAGGUUUCUAUAGUGAAAAGUGAGGAGACUAAGGUGCGGCAGGAGGACUUAAGUAAACUGCUGUAUGAAGUUCAGGUUUUACGCAACCAACAAGAGAACAUGGAGUGCCAGAUGCAGGAUAUGAAACAGCAGAAUGAGGUGUUGUGGAGGGAGGUGGUGUCAUUGAGACAGAAUCACACACAGCAGCAGAAAGUGAUGAACAAGCUGAUUCAGUUCCUGUUCAGUCAGGUGCAGCCCAGCACCCCCAGCACUGUCGGAAUGAAGAGAAAACUGCCUCUAAUGUUAGAUGAUGGCUCCACCACUCCUCCUGCUUCCAAAUUCAGUCACAGUCACUCCAUGGAGCCAAUGCAGGAGCCCUUCUAUAUCCAGUCGCCAUCCACAGAGGCUGCCUCAUGUUCCACUAGCAGCACAAUAACAGGAGGACCAAUAAUCUCAGACGUCACUGAGAUGUCACAGCCCAGUGCCAUGGCUAUGCAACUGCAGUCAGAUGAGUCGAGGGAGAAAUGUCUGAUGCUGAUAAAGGAGGAGCCAGUGAGUCCAGGUGUGCGUGGGCGGGGCGAGGGCAUUCCACUGGGCUCCUGUGAGGUGUGUGCUGAACCCCCCGUCCUCCCUGUAGCAAUGGUGCAGUCCGUCCUGGAGGGCCGAGGAUCAGCCUCUGGAGAGAGGAGGACCAAGAGGAUCAUGAUGGACAGACCAGAGAUGUCUGAUGCUGUGGAAAAUGUGGACAUGAGUCUGGAGGAAAUACAGCUCCUCCUGAGAAGCCACCAGCAGCAGAGUAUGGAGCCCAGCACUGUCUCUAUGGAUCCAUUCACUUUUAGCUUGCCAAUGAGUGAGUGGAACUUCGCCGAGAUGGACUCAAAUCUGAAAUCGGAGUUGGCUAAUAUCCUCAUCCCUGCUGCUAUGUCCCAGUACAUGUUUCAGAGCCAGGAGGGAGAGGCCUACCCCACUGCUGGCUGUGAGGAACAGUGAGGGCCUGACGCUGCAGCCGGCACAGGCUACUCCUCCUACACCAUCCGAUCUCGGUGAACACAUGGCCUGUGGAUGGCAGAUGGUCCUCACAUCCAUUCAGAAUAUUCAGCGAUGUCAGGGUUGUGAUUGUGACAGCCAGAGUUUCACACGGAGAUCCAUCAUCAGCUGUGGAUUACAAAAGCACAUCCUGAUACUCUGAACUGAAUGACCUGCUCAGUGGAAUUCAAGUGUUUGCAGCUGAAGAUGUGCAUUAAAACGUGUACACAAGAGAAACACGCUGAAGCCACUGGUGAAGUUUCCGACCUGUUUUUUGUUUUUUUUUUCUUUUUGACGCCAUCCAAAGGAUCUUAUUCUCUUGAGAGAAAUAAUCACAUCACACAUCCACUGAAAGACCUGCAACACUUAAGUUAAACCCCAGCCUGAGUGGUGAAGACCAGUCCACUGCUGAGGUACCACUUUUCUACCAGUAUGACGCGGGAGUAAAUGAAGGAGUAUUUGCAUCAUUGCAUAAAAAACAUGGCCCAAGUUUGAAUGCACUUUAGUCUGUGUGUUGGAGUUAAUGCUUGUGGAGCUGGGGUUUCAUUUCUAAUAUUUGGUUGUAAAUAUACAUUUCUAUAUAUUUUCAUUUUGAUCAUACACUAUAUUUGUAUUCAAAUAUAUAUUUAUAGCAAUAUAAACAUAGAGAACAUUUGCUACUGUAAUGUUUGUAUUAAUGUGAGAGGUCUAGGGACUUUUAAAGCAGACCUCACAUUAGGAAAAGAAAAAAACUGAAACCAUGCACUGCUUUUUUGCACAAUUUUGUGUCUCUAUUUACUCAAUAACACAUUCUGUAUCUGAAGCAGAUACUGAGGCACCCAGUAUCUUUGUGCACUAAAGUAUUUUUUAGUUGAAUUAUAUUCUUACUGCAUUUACUUAAAUGUCUAUGCUAUGCUGAUGAUUUAUAUUUUGUCUCUGAUAAAUUUAGAGUACAUUGUCAAUAUUAGCUUAUUAAUAUUAGUUUAUAUUACGAAACUGAAACGAUUGAAACAGCAUAAUCUAGCAGUGUCAGCCUAAACAGUAUUAAUAUUUUAUGUUAAAUGUGACUUGCUGCCAAAUUUAGCAGAUGAAUUUGAUGUAUUGUGUAUUUCUAGUUUUAUCUUUGUGACAAGAACUUUGAAGAUCGGAACUUCCAUCAAUUCUAAUUUUGUACAUUCUAACCUUAAUCAGUAUAUCCUUCUAUUAAGAAGUAAACACAUUUUAACAAAUAUAACAUAUGUAUAUAUUACACACAGGUUUUAAGGUUUUGGCAGUCUUGUCAAAAUUUGUAGAAACAAAGAGUGAACAAUCUCUGUAGAUUAUUAAACAUUAAGCUCAGUAUUUUCAGAAAAUCUUAAAGCACCACUGCUCAAAAAAUGUAAAGAUGAACUGUUAAAUGUUAGCUAAGGGGGUUAGAAAAAAGGCAGAAAAAAUCAGUGGAUAAUAACAUUGUGUGUUUUAUAUUUGAUUGGCUGCAGAGGUUUCGGUAUGAACACAGUUAGUCUUGCUCUGUAGUGGGUUGAUAAAGUUUCCUCCCCACAACCCUCCUAGUGUGAUGUUGAUCAGCACAGGCGAUGGUUGAAGCUAGAGAGCUGUGCUUUCCUCUGCUGUGCUGCAUAGUGUUGGUGGCUGACUUCACAUGAGCUAGUCUAUUCCUUCCAACUAUUGGGAGCAUAACUAGAGAUAGGGCUAGUCUAUACUAUAUAUCAUAUAAACAGAAACUGGGUAAUUGAAUAUUCAUGUUUGGUUUGGGCAAAUACAGUAAUCACAAACGCACAAAGACCCUUCAGAGGUGGGACUCUUUCUGGUCCCAAACGAACUCUGGAGCAGUUUGACUGUAGUAAGAACAUUUUCUGACCUCAAUACAUCUCUGCAGGUUUAGGCAACUUCGCAAAUUUGAGCUAAACACCUAAUUAGCCCAGAUAGUUACUACAUUUCUGUUGCACAGAAAUGUAGCACUAGUUCAUAUCAUAGGACCUUCUUCCUGUAUUUACUUUCUUGCUCCUACCAGAGACAAGUCUGACCAAUAGGUGGAAAGAAAACAUUCUCACAUGGUUUUGUGCACUUGGAUUUUUCCCUAUGUAUAAAAAUAACCAAGAGGAAACACUUUAAAUUCAGGCCAGAGAAAUGCUUGUAUACCUUCAUAGUCAUUUAUUACAUACAAUAUUAAAAAAAAUAUAUAUGUUUAAGAUUUUACAACACAUUUAGUGCUUUUAGCUUUCAUGUGGACGUAUUUGCUGUUUAAGCUGACACUGAAAACACCUCAUAUAUGUGACCACUUAACAUGGAUACAUAAGAUCCACUAACACCUCAAAGAAACAAAACAUGACUUACUUUCUGUGGCAGCCAUAUUGUGCAGAAAACACCCUAGAUCUCUUACAGUCUUUUUCUUUUUUAUUUUCUUUAACUGAAAGUGCAAUACUGUGGUACUGAUUUGUAAGAUAUCCCAAAGAUGCAAUACAUGUGACCAUUAGAAUGUAUGGCCUGAAUACAAAAACCUAAGCAUUUGUGUGAACACUGAUGAUGAAAACACAUAAAUAGUAUAAGAGUAAUUGCACUAAGAGUGAUAACUGUAUUAGAAAUAGCAUGGUUUCUUUUUAUGUUUAUCUCCUCGGUUCUCUCUAGUGUUUAAUGGUUUGUUUUGAAGAGAGUGCUGCUGUUUUUUUUUCUCUCUGAACGCUUUUUCACAAUCGCCUCGAUUUACAGCAUUUGUUAAAAUGUUUUUUAUUUUAUUUUAUUUGAUCAUUUGCACUGGUAAUAAACGAAUGUAGCCUAAUCCAAUGAAACACGGUCACGCUUGUCAGGAUUUGCUGACUUCAUACAUGCAUUCUUUUCCCCAGCUGAAUCAACGAAAGGGCUGUUAAAAAAGACCAAUGCUGCAUUUUCAGACUGGAGUUUAUCUGUCCAUGACUGCCAUCGUCACAGUGCAUUGUUUUAAAUAUUUAAACUUGUACAAAUAUAUGCAGAAAAGAAGAUAUCUUGGUAUUGUUCACAAAAGAAAUAAGCAAAAAAGUUUUGGGCUCCAAAUGUCAUGUUAAUUCUUGAAAUAAACAUUUCCAGCAUUA